UUACAGAUUUCCCGAACUUUACUCCACGAAAUGACGAAAGGUUCUGAAAACGCUUCAAGCGAUGGACAAGAUUUCGAGAAAUAUGAGGCCCUCAAGUUCCAGUGCCUCGCCAAGGGAGAUGUUGUACAGGAUUGCGUGUUGGAUUUUGUGGCCAGCCAAUGGGAUGAAGGUUUCAUAGCCCUGUUGGGCUCCAAGAUGGAUGUGGUCACUUUGGAAAUGACCUCCCAAGCCCAGCCCCUUAAUCCCUUUCCCUACACACCGUCGUUCAUAGAAUUGUCGGCCUCGGAGCCGCGACCACUGGAUGCCCUAGCCGAGAAGGUCGAUCUGGAAAAGAUAUACACCGAUUGUCAGAUCCUAGAUGCCCAAGAGUUGGCUCUGGAAACGGUCUAUACGGCGGUUUGCUCUUCGACCAUCCCACCAGUCGUAUUGAAGGCUGUAAAAAAAGCGCCGCAUCUAUUGCCGAAUGGAAACUACCUCCUGGCCGUCCUCAACUCUCAUGGAGCGCUUACACUGCUGACUAAAUCAUUGGAAUGCACGCUAUGGUGUCGCUUCGAAAGUCUCAAUGUUCCCAUCACUUUAAGGGAUAAGCUCUUGCCGCGUUUCGAAGCAGACAAGAUAAAAAAUUUUAGCCAAUACAAAGCCAUGAUGGACCAAGCCUGGAUCACAAUAUUUGCUUGGCUUGGUGAGGAAUCAAAGGACGUGGAGAACCAUGCUUUGGUUCUGGGAACCGCCAAUGGAAGCCUGUGGAUCCUUAAGCUCUCGCCUGAUGGUCAAACGCUACAAGAUCACAUCCAUCAAGACACCACCUUGGAUCGUAUUUGCUUUCUGCAUACUUUCGAAAAUCUCCUGCUUGUAGGCGAUGUCAUGGGAAGGGUGCAUCUGUACCGCUUCACCGAAGGCCCCAAUCAUGGACUGACCCUGGUCAAGGCUCUAUGGCAGAGAACGGAUCGUAUGGGUCUGCAAGUGGGUACAAUUACUAGAAGCUUGGAAGGGAACUGUUAUUAUAUAACCUGCUGCAAAGCAGCACAUUUGCUGACCUGGUUCAUUCAAGGAGAGGACUGCCUAGAAGCCCGUUUACAUGUCGGCGGAAUAAAAAUUACAGCGUUGUGUAGCCUGGACUACCGUAGUUAUGCAGUGGGAACGGCAAGUCAGGAACUGAAACUCAUUCAAGUAAUUCACCAGGGUAGUCAGAGCCACUUUAAGAUGCAGCCCGUGGCAGUGGAAGAUAUGAAUAAUGACUUCCAGGUGGUGGGACUCUCCACUAGCAGAAACAAAAAUCUUUUGACGCUGCUCCUCUACCCCGUGAAGGAGUACAUAAAUGCAAAGAAAACCGAAAAAAAUAUGGUGUACGUUCAAGUGGGCCAAAUCAAGGAGCAUGAUGUCCUGGCUCGGCUCUCUGAUAGCCUGAACUCUGACCAACCUAUCAAUGGCUGUCUGGAUUACCUUGCCGAACUUCGCAUCAAGAUAUUUUCUCAGAAGGAUUUACAGAAAUACUCAAACUUUAGUCCGCUAGAUGCCUUUAAUUUUGGGGAACCGGCCACGGAAGACCAGCUACAUAAACUGCAACUCAAAUACCAUGUCCUGACAACGUUAAACGAACUCCAACUGGCCUACUUGCACCUUUCCACGCUCAUCAAACCAACGCAGGACGAACUGCAACUGCUCCUUGCCAUGUUGGCCACCACACACAUAAGACUUAGGCUCCAGUACCUAAGUUCCCUGGAUAAGCUAUCAGAGUUUCAGGAGCAGGCUGUGAACUGCAUGCUGGAGGAGGCCCAGCGCCUAUGUAGUGGCCUCCAAAAAGACUUAACGGGAGAGGAGCAUCCUCUCAAGAACACCACAAAUCAUUUUCUACACCAAAUGGAGAGACACUUUCAGGAGCUGCGGAAAGGGUUUGCCAACAUCAGUAUUAAAGAUCCUGAAGGGCAGCAGGCAGCUCUGUUGUGUUCCAUAUCUUAUGUGGAGAUCGAGCCCAGCUUAGAGAAUCGAUACUGCAGUCUGUGUAGUCGGCAGGUUCUAAUGGAGCUCCAGGAUCUAAAGCAGCUGUUCGACCCCAACCUGACCCAGCUGGUGUGCCCCUUCUGUCAUGGAAGCUAUACCCAGGAGCUUUUAGCUGCAUCAACGUAAAAUUUAUUUUCAACCUUAAACCAAGGCAUACAUAUUUUUUGGGAUCAAUAUUGGACAUAGUCCCCAA